CCUCACCCACUCCUCAGGCCUCUCAGCCGGGCCAAGCGGCUGAGGCAGCUGUGGGUUCUGCAAGUACCCAGUGCGGACCCUGGUUCAGGUCCAGGUCCCAACUCCUGGAAACAAAGCAGCCCUUGUGAAGCGGGCAGCAAGGAGCUUUGCUUGGAAGAGAACACCUCUCUGGCCUUGGACCUCUCUCCAGCACUCCCGAGCAGAGAGAAGAGCCCUUAUUUGCAUGGUUGGAAGCUGCUUCUGCAGCUUCUGCCCAGGAUGAGCUAGAUUUGGUGACAGUGGCACCUCCAGAAGCCACCAUAGACUGUGACAGUAGAGAAAAUAGCAGGCUGAACCUCCAUGGUUCUCUACCCUGUGCCACAGAACAUGAACACAACUCAGGCGUCAGUGUCACUGGAGGAUGUGACUGUGGAGCUCACCUGGGAGGAGUGGCAGCUCAUGGUCCCUGCUCAGAGAACCCUGUACAGAGAUGUGAUGCUGGAGACCUACAGCCACCUCGUCUCCGUGGGGUACUGCUUUACAAAACCAGAACUCAUCUUCAUAUUGGAAAAAGGAGAUGAUCCAUGGUCAUUAGAUAAAGGGAAAGAAUGCCUAAGCUGGAAUUCCCCAGAAGACUACCAACCUGAUAAAAUCUUGGAGAAGAGCCCAGAACACCAGAGCAAAUAUUUGUGGCAAGUUUCGUUCACCAGCAAAUCAUUGACUAUGGAGCAAGAAACUUCCAGAAAACCAUAUUACUCAGAAAAAGAUAUUUUCCCUGCAAGAUUGAUGCUUUGUCAGUGUGACCCUGCUGGGCCCAACAGCCAGAGUCUCAACUUGUUGGCCUCACAUUUUCAGUAUUCAAGAGAAAAGGCUGUUGAUCUCUACUGCUCUGAGAAUUGGAUAUUCAGUAUUAAGGACUGCAGAAAGAACACUGGAGAGAAACCUUUGGUUUAUAGUAAAAAUAUAGAAGACUGUAGUCAUAAAGUAGAGCCUAUUCAGCAUCAGACAAUUCAGAAUUUGAGAAAAGCUUUCCUUGAAAAGGCUAUUCUUAUUCCAUCUCAGAGUGCCUAUCAAAAAGAGGGACCUUAUACAUUUAAUACAUUUGGGGAAAAUUUGUGUAAUAAGUCAACCAUUGUUUAUCAGAGCAUUUAUCCAGAUAAGAGUCACUGUGGGUAUAAUGGAAAUGGAAAUGAUUUUAGUAGGACUGCUCAGAAAACUGACCCAGCAGGAAAAUCUUUCAGACAAAAGUCACACAUGAGAGAACAGCAGAAAAUUGACAUCGAGAUAAAGCACUCUGAACAUGGAAACUUCAGCCAUAAUUCAGCCCUCCUAACAUGCCAGAGAAGUCACCCAACAGAUAAUACAGGCAUGGAGACCUUUAGCUGCCCGUUGACUUUUAAUGUACAUCACAGAAUUCAUAUAAAGAUGAAACCCUCUGAGUAUAAUGAAUGUGGAAAAUCCUCCUUUGUAAAUUCACAUCUGAGUCGACUUCAAAAAAGCUUCAAUGAGGAGAAGCCUUAUGCAUGUCAUGAAUGUGGGAAAGCUUUCAGUGACAAGUCGCAUCUGAAAAAACAUCACAGGACUCACACUGGAGAGAAACCAUAUAAAUGUGAUGAAUGUGAGAAAGCUUUCAGUGCAAAGUCAGGCCUAAGGAUACAUCAGAGAACCCACACUGGGGAGAAACCAUUUGAGUGUAAUGAAUGUGGGAAAUCUUUCAACUAUAAGUCAAUCCUCAUAGUACAUCAGAGAACACACACAGGGGAGAAACCUUUUGAAUGUAAUGAAUGUGGAAAAUCUUUUAGUCAUAUGUCAGGCCUAAGAAAUCAUCAGAGAACUCACACAGGGGAAAGGCCAUAUAAGUGUAGUGAUUGUGGAAAAGCUUUCAAACUGAAAUCAGGCCUAAGAAAACACCAUAGAACACAUACAGGAGAGAAGCCCUACAAAUGUAAUCAAUGUGGAAAAGCUUUUGGUCAGAAAUCACAACUUAGAGGACAUCACAGAAUUCAUACAGGGGAGAAACCAUAUAAAUGUAAUCAUUGUGGGGAAGCUUUUAGUCAAAAAUCAAACCUCAGAGUACAUCACAGAACUCAUACUGGGGAGAAACCCUAUAAAUGUGAUGUGUGUGGAAAAACUUUCAGGCAGAAAUCAAAUCUCAGAGGACAUCAGAGAACACACACAGGGGAAAAGCCCUAUGAAUGUCAUGAGUGUGGAAAAGCUUUUAGUGAGAAGUCAGUUCUCAGAAAGCAUCAGCGAACUCACACAGGGGAGAGGCCUUAUAAUUGUAACCAGUGUGGGGAAGCUUUCAGUCAGAAAUCCAACCUCAGAGUACAUCAGAGAACCCACACAGGGGAGAAACCUUAUAAAUGUGAUAAAUGUGAGAAAACUUUCAGUCAGAAAUCAAGCCUUAGAGAACAUGAAAGAAUUCAUACUGGAGAGAAGCCCUAUGAAUGCAGUGACUGUGGGAAAUCUUUUAUAAAAAAGCCACAACUCCUUGUGCAUCAGCGGAUUCACACAGGAGAGAAUCCCUUCAUCUGUUCAGAAUGUGGGAAGGUCUUCACUCACAAGACAAAUCUCAUUAUACACCAGAAAAUUCAUACCGGGGAGAAACCUUAUAUAUGUACUGAAUGUGGGAAGGCCUUUACUGAUAGGUCAAAUCUCAUUAAACACCAAAAAAUUCACACUGGAGAGAAACCCUACAAAUGCAGUGACUGUGGAAAAUCAUUCAUCUGGAAGUCACGGCUCAGGAUCCAUCAGAAGUGUCACAGUGGCGAGAGGCAUUAUGAAUGCAGUGACUGUGGGAAGGCAUUCAUUCAGAAGUCAACACUCGUAUGCAUCAAAGAAUCCACAAAGGAGAAAAACCCUAUGUUUGCACUGAAUGUGGGAAGGCCUUCUUCCACAAGUCACACUUUAUUACACAUGAGAGGAUUCAUACUGGAGAGAAACCCUAUGAAUGCAGUGGCUGUGGGAAAUCCUACUAAAAAAUCACAACUCCAUGUUCAUCAGCAGAUUCAUACCGGAGAGAAACCCUAUAGAUGUGCUGAAUGCGGAAAGGCAUUCACAGACAGAUCAAACCUCUUCACACACCAGAAAAUUCACACUGGAGAGAAACCCUAUAAGUGUAGUGACUGUGGAAAAGCCUUCACUCGAAAGUCAGGCCUCCAUAUGCAUCAGCAGUCUCAUACUGGAGAAAGACAUUAUGAGUGCAGUGACUGUGGGAAAGCCUUUGCAAGAAAAUCAACACUCAUUAUGCAUCAGAGAAUUCACACAGGAGAGAAACCUUAUAUUUGUACCGAAUGUGGGAAAUCCUUCAUCCAGAAGUCACACUUGAAUAGACAUAGGAGAAUUCAUACCGGAGAGAAACCCUAUGAAUGCAGUGACUGUGGGAAAGCCUUCAUUAAGAAGUCACAGCUCCAUGAGCAUCAUCGAAUUCACACAGGAGAGAAACCAUAUAUUUGUGCUCAAUGUGGAAAGGCCUUCACCAUCAGAUCAAAUCUUAUUAAACACCAGAAAAUCCAUACUAAACAGAAGCCCUAUAAGUGCAGUGACUUGGGGAAAGCCUUAAACUGGAAGCCACAACUUUGAAGUCAACUCAGUAUAAAUCAGAAGUCUGAUAUUGUACAGUGCCCAACACCACAAUCAUGGCAUGGUGAUACAAAGAAAUCAGAGGCUACAGCUUGAACAAGAAGCAGGAGGUAACCAUGGCCCACCUACCACCUUCAGUCUAGUCACAAUGAAUAUCUGCAUCAUAUAGCUGAUAUUCAUUAUACAUCUGGGGUGAUCCUUUGGAGAAAGUAUCUAGUAAGCAAUGUGUCAUAGUCAUACUUGGUUACUUGACAGAUUGAUAGGCCCUGAAAAUAAUAGUAAUAAUGCAAAAGGUGGAUGAUAUGGUACAUCCCUACAAUCCUGGGUACUCGGGAGCCUGAGCCAGGAGGUUCAGCUGACCCCAGGAAUUUGAGACCAACCUGGGUAACAUGUAAAAUGUAAAGAGAUGACUUACAAUCUCUCUUUUCUUUCAGUAAACACCUGUAUAAAGUCAGGGCUGUUGAGUUUUUUAUGCCUUUGCUGGCAAAAACUUUGAUUUUAUGCCUUUGGUGGUAUUGACCCCCCCCCAAAAAAAGUGGUAAGAAAAUUUUCAUUGAGUCCCCUAACGAUUCUGAGAUCAAGGCAGAAGUUAGUUAUGUCUGUAAUGAGAAGAAAAUGGAAGGUUUUGUGAAAUUUGACACUAGGGACUCUACUUUUCUUUUGGGAAAUCAUUAUUUAUUGUUUUUAGCACUUACUGGUGUAUGCUGUGGCACUGGGUUCCAGGAUAUCUCAGUGGGGUUCCUGCCUAUAUCCCAGCAUUGAUCAGUGAUGUGAGCAGCAAUCUUGUAGCUACUUCUCACCUCAGAACUGGCCCUUGGGUCACAGAACUUAGCCACAGGAUCACAGUACUUAGACACAGGGUCCUAGAUUUAGGUAAUAACACUUUGGAUCCUCAACUGUUUUUCAUAAGAAACUGCACUUUCUUAAUGAUUUCUGUUUGAAGAUGGGACAAAUUAAGAAAAAUGGAUUCCAAACCUAGAAUUCCUUGCCUUCAGUUUUGUUAGUACAUUUUCUUUUUUUAGUACCAGGAAUCGAACUUGGGACCUUGCACUUGCGAAGCAGGCGCCAGAACCACUGAGCUAAAUCCCAGCCCGUUAGUACAUUUUCUGUACAUUCAUUGCAGGCUAGAUUACAAUGGGGCACAGUUGUCUUCCAUUUUAGCUUAUAUUCAUAUAAGACAAAAUAUAGUUCAAUGUUUGGAAAAGUACUCUUCCUGUUCACUCCAUUCUUUACAAAUUAAUUGUAUUUAAUCAGAUACUGGAAUAAAUGUCAUAAUUGUGCAGAAUAA